AAACAGCACUCCUAUAUCGCAACCAGCUCGUGAUCUCAAUGAUUGUGGCCUUGUGAACGAGGCAACAGCCGUGUACGAUACUGAAAUAUGGAAUAAUCUUCUUCUGAAGGAGCAGCAAGUUCAGUCUCCAUGGGGGUACAUAGGUUUGUCUCAGAAGCAUCUCUUACCUGAUCACAGACGCAUCAUGGUCAACUGGCUAGUCGAGUUUGCAGAAGAGUUUGAGCUUCAAUGCGAGACGCUUUCCCUUGGGGUGAAUAUUUUGGACCGGGUCCUUGCCGACGGACCUCCAGUUCAAACUGGUGAUCUUCAAUUGCUAGGAACGGCGUGUAUGCUGGUUGCUGUGAAAUUCCAGGAGUCACAGCCACCUAACAUGGUUCAAUGCUGUUGUCAGGCGGCAGAAGGAAGCUUCAGUCAAGAACAGGUGCUGCAGAAAGAGUUCGAUGUUCUGAAGACGAUCAAGUUCGACUGUGCUAUGCCAACCGUCCACACCUUUUUGUGGCAUCAUCUAAAGGCGGCCGAUGCCGAUUCUAAGUUGGAACAGAUGGCCGAUUACAUUGCGUGCUCUUCAUUGUUGGAAUAUGACCUGCUCAAGUAUCACCCAUCUGCAAUCUCAGCAGCGACCGUUCUGCUCGCUGCAUCAGUGCUGAAAGGCACGCCAUGGACUUCCAGUAUCGAGCUGUUUGUGGGGCACACUGCUUCAAGCGUCGGUGACAUCAUCAGAGUUCUCCAGCAGGGUCUUUCUACGCCUCCUAAACCCACCUUAAAUGCACUAAAGACCAAGUUCGAGAGGGAGCAACACCUGGACGUGGCUACUUUACUUCAUAAUAGCAUUGCUAAUAUCUGCCCUAAACGCCCGCCUAAUGGCAGUGGCACUGCCUAG